AAUCAAUUUUUAGAUUUUUUUGUUUUUUUUUCUCCUCCUUAGUUAUGUCCAUGAGAAAGGGGAAAGUGAAAAGGGGCUAAGUUAGAAAAAUCAUAGCGGUGCCAAGUGAAGCGUGAAGACCUUGCUUUUACAGCGUUAGUCAAUUUUCUAUAGGUUUUCCUAGAUUUGGUUUGGGCAAGUAUUAACUAUUAAUAAGAAAUUAUAUAGUACAAUAGAAUCAUUGAGAUUAUCGACAUAUCCUGAAUCAGAUAUGAAGAUUAUGGUCAGAAACUGAUCGAAAAGAAAAAGUGGGAAAGACAAAUCUCACACUUUUGCUGGUAGUUGAAGUAAACUACUCCAGGCUAUGAAGCACAGCUGCAGCAUCAGCCAUAAAAGUACUAAAAGCUGUCAAGUACUUGUUCUGGUGUCCCUUAUAUUGAUACUUCCAUCCAAAUGGUUUAUCUGCAAAGGAGAUUUUAGACAUGUGGCAAGGUCCAUUUUCUUGUCAAGGUUUAGACCUCUAGGAAUCACGGAGGAAGAUGAGGAAGUUAAGCUACCACCUAAGGACUGUGAUCUCUUCACAGGGAACUGGGUUUUUGAUAAUAUAACUCAUCCUUUGUAUAAAGAAAAUGAAUGUAAGUUUCUCUCAGAACAAGUUACUUGCAUUAGAAAUGGAAGACAGGAUUCACUUUAUCAGAAUUGGAGAUGGCAACCCAGGGAUUGUUCUUUGCCCAAAUUCAAACCAAGGUUAUUGCUUGAAAAGCUUCGUGGAAAGAGGCUAAUGUUUGUGGGGGAUUCAUUAAACAGAAACCAGUGGGAAUCCAUGGUUUGUCUACUGCAAUCUGUUAUUUCUUCAGGAAAGAAGAGCCACAAAAAGUCAGGUUCUCUAGUUAUCUUCAGCAUUGAGGAGUACAAUACCACAGUAGAGUUCUUUUGGGCACCAUUUCUGGUUGAAUCUAAUUCAGACAAUCCAUGGAGUCACAGUAUAAAAGACCGUAUAAUCAUGCCUGAAUCAAUCAAGAACCGUGGAGAUGAUUGGAAGGGUGUAGAUUACUUGAUUUUUAACACAUAUAUUUGGUGGAUGAACACUAGAUACAUGAAAGUCCUACGAGGAUCAUUCGAUGCAGAUCCCAUUGAGUAUGAUGAAAUCGAACGGCCUAUAGCUUAUGGCAGAGUUCUGAAGACAUGGGCUAAGUGGAUUGAAGAAAAUGUUGAUUCCAAGUUAACUUCAGUCUAUUUCAUGAGCAUGUCCCCUCUUCAUAUCAAGAGUUUGGAUUGGAACAACCCGGAUGGAAUAAAGUGUGCCAAGGAGACUCUUCCAGUGAUGAGCAUGCCCACCCCACCAAAUGUUGGCACAGACCACAGGCUUUUCCUGAUAGUAGCCAAUGUGACUCAAUCCAUGAAAGUACCUGUCUACUUCCUCAACAUUACCAACCUCUCCGAGUAUAGAAAAGAUGCACAUACAUCUGUUUAUACCACCCGGCAAGGCCAAUUGCUGACGCCGGAGCAGCAGGCCGAUCCAGCUACAUAUGCAGACUGCAUACAUUGGUGCCUACCAGGGUUACCUGAUACUUGGAAUGAACUCCUUUAUACACACAUCAUUUCACAUUCUUGACGACCUACAAUUUCUUCUUUUUUAUUU